CGGCAGAGCGCGUGAAAUCCGUCUUCGCUGAGCCGAGUUCUCCUCGUUCCUGCUCCGGUUCUCCUCCUUCGCGAAUGGAGCCGCGAACCUUCGUGCACAGACCGAACCACCCUCCCUCAGCCCGCCGGGACUGAGCGGACCCUUCCCGAUCCGUCCGCCGGACCGCCCGCUCCGUCUUCCAGCAGGCCGCCGUCUCCUUCGUGACUCUGUUCCCAUGCGAUUCUUCAGACUCACAUUCAAGUGCUUCGUGGAUUGUUUUUGAUGGUCGCGGUCUGGUACCGGUGUUUUCCCUUGUUCAUUUUUGUUAUAUUGAUUAUAUAUAUCAAUAUUUCUUACUAUUCUUACUUUUUUUGUAAAAAAAGAUAUAUUUAAGAUAUUUCUAUUAGAUAUUUCAUCCCCUGCGGUAAAUCUUAAUCUUAACGAUCCUGAUUGAACUGGAUCCUUGAAUGAAACCAAAUAUCCUGGUUAUUAUUAUCACCGGGGACAAGAAAAGACAGAAGCAGGACCUAAGACAGAACUGGACCUGCUGAUGGUCCAGCUCAUCUAUCAUUGUAUAGGGUUCUGAUGGUUCGGGCCUCACUGAGAAAGCUUGAGGAUUAAAACAAAGACAAGAAACAGAUCGGUGGAUGUGAGCAGGCUCGACCUCUGCAUCCUCUGCACUGUCCUAACUGGGGACAAACUCCGCAUUCAAAGACACAAACUGUCGAAUUAGAAAGGUGGGAAAACUGCAACCAGUGCGUACUGGUCUCCCACUGGAUUGAGAGGAAUCCCAUCUGGUUCCACUGUGGUUUGAACUACUGUGAAGUUCUUAAGUAGGUCCAAAUUGGUUCUUGGUGGGAUCCUAACUGGUCUCCUACUGGUUCCUAUCUACUUUGGACUGACUGAUGGAGAAGCAGGCGCUCCCGGCCUCCUGCUCCCUGCUCCUUCUGGAGGAGAGGAAGGGCCCACUACUCCUCAACGGCACUACUUCUUACCCCUCGGCGGCCAUGAACGGCAGCCUGGUCCCGUUGGCUCCAGCAGGGUCUGGUGGGGCCGGCGCCGGUCCAGACAAAAAGGGCAGCAUUGUCACAGGAGCGGUGCCUGGAUAUCAGGAGCGGGAAACGUGGACCCGGCAGAUGGACUUCAUCAUGUCCUGCGUGGGUUUCGCUGUCGGACUCGGCAACGUGUGGAGGUUCCCCUACCUGUGCUAUAAAAACGGAGGAGGUGUCUUCCUGAUCCCGUACCUGCUGAUCGUCUUUGCCGGUGGAAUCCCCAUCUUCUUCCUGGAGAUUGCUCUGGGCCAGUUCAUGAAGGCCGGCAGCAUCAACGUGUGGAACAUCGCUCCACUGUUUAAAGGUUUGGGUUACGCCUCCAUGGUGAUCGUGUUCUUCUGUAACACCUACUACAUCAUGGUGUUGGCCUGGGGCUUUUAUUACCUGAUCAAGUCCUUUAGCUCCACCCUCCCCUGGUCCAGCUGUGACAAUGAAUGGAACACGCCCAACUGCAUCGACACCUUCCAUCACCACAUCUGCAACAACGGCAGCUUCGCCAACGUCACCGUGAGUGGCAACAGGACCUGCGCAGAGCUGGCAGACGCACGCUCACCGAUCAUCGAGUUCUGGGAGAACAAGGUGCUGAACAUCUCGUCGGGCCUGGACGAGGCUGGACCCAUUAACUGGGAGCUCAUGUUGUGUCUCAUGGCUGUCUGGGUUCUGGUUUACUUCUGCGUCUGGAAGGGAGUCAAGUCCACGGGGAAGAUUGUGUACUUCACAGCCACCUUCCCCUACGUGGUGCUCAUCAUCCUGCUGGUCCGAGGGGUCACGCUGCCCGGAGCGUACGACGGCAUCAUGUACUACAUCAAGCCCGACUGGUCCAAACUGGAAGAGGCUCAGGUGUGGAUAGAUGCCGGCACACAGAUCUUCUUCUCCUACGCCAUUGGACUGGGAGCUCUGACAGCACUGGGCAGCUACAACCGUUUCAACAACGACUGCUACAAAGACGCCUUCGUCUUGGCUCUGAUUAACAGUGGAACCAGUUUCUUUGCUGGGUUCGUGGUCUUCUCCAUCCUGGGCUUCAUGGCUGCUGAGCAGGGAGUCGACAUCUCGCAGGUCGCUGAGUCAGGUCCUGGUCUGGCCUUCAUCGCGUACCCUAAGGCAGUCAGCAUGAUGCCGGUGGCUCCUCUUUGGGCAGCGCUCUUCUUCUUCAUGCUGCUGCUGCUGGGACUCGACAGUCAGUUUGUAGGAGUGGAAGGAUUUGUUACUGGAAUUUUAGACCUUUUUCCUGGAAAGUACCAGCAUCGCUACAAAAGGGAGAUUUCUGUGGCCAUUUGCUGUUUGCUGUGCUUCAUUAUUGACCUCUCCAUGGUGACAAGGGGUGGGAUGUACGUCUUCCAGUUGUUUGACUACUAUUCAGCCAGUGGAAUGACUCUGUUGUGGCAAGCGUUCUGGGAAUGCAUAGUAGUGGCCUGGGUCUAUGGUGCCGAUCGCUUCAUGGAUGACGUCGCCCGGAUGAUCGGCUACCGGCCCUUCCCCUGGAUGAAGUGGUGCUGGUCCUUCAUCACGCCGUGCGUGUGCUUGGGCAUCUUCCUGUUCCACCUGGUCAACUACAAGCCGCUGAGCUACAACAACGUGUACGUGUACCCGUGGUGGGGCGAGGUGAUCGGCUGGUGUCUGGCCUUGUCCUCCAUGCUCUGCAUCCCCGUCAGCCUGCUCUACAAGCUCUUCAGCGCCAAGGGAACCUUCAGAGAGCGCUGGGCCCACCUCACCAGCCCGGUUUGGGGGGCUCAUCACCUGGAGUACAUGGCCCCUGACGUCAAGUCUCUGACCUCACUGUCGCCCGGAACCGACGACAACAAGGUCAUCAUCUUUGAAAGCGUCAUGUAGCUGCGCUGCACCCGUCACCGCUCCGGCGUCAUCCAUCCAGCUCAACCACCAGCAGGUUCUGGGCCUGGGUUUGGACCCGACUGACCGGUCCUGCUCCAUUGAUGGCUUGGUCUCAGCGUCUCCAACAUGCGGAGCAAUGGAAGUGCAUUGACUCCAAAUUCAUCCUUUGUCUAAGCGUCAGAUCCCAGAACCCUUCACUAACUGGUCCCUACUUACACAUGGAAUGUUUUAUCCCUUGAUAGAACCUGGAGAAAGUGCAGCAUGUGGUCAGGCUGCUGGACUGAGGCUGCCAUCCUCCACCUCAACAAUGGUUUACUGCACUUUAGACAGAUGUGGAAACACAACAACUUUUAUCCUCUGACUCACUCUGAGCUCAAAGUCUAAGUGUGUGUGUGUGUCUGUGUGUCUGUGUGUGUUUUAAUGAGACUGACUCCCAGAAUGUUAGCGGAGCUUAUUAGAUUUUCAGUCCUGCUGUCAAACAUAUGCAUCCGACUCAAAGUCACUGUUUCAGGCAGCUGUGACACAUUUGUUUCCAAUGAUGCGUCGUGUCAAGUGUUAAGUCAUUGGAGCCCAAUUUUCCAUUGCUUCAGGCAUCUGGACACGUGGGAAGUCAAGGAGAUGUGUCCAGCUGUUUGUCCGUCCUUUACGUUGGUGUUGAACAAAAAGCUUGAGGGAGACUUUGACAGCAGGACUGAGUUUAACCAGUGAUGUCUUCCAGCACUUUAUCCAAUGGGUUAAAUCUACGCUCCAGCGUUAGUGAAUUAUGAGCCACCAGUACUGACCCCUGAGCAGCCUGGUCAGAUCAGAGGGUUGAGGGAGGACCCAGUGGACCCAGUUUAACAACCAUACUUCCUCCACCUGGUCGUCAGCCUGAACUAAGCUGGAGAUGCUGCAGCUUGAUGACUUCAUGAUCCACUGUAGGGUUCAAAUGUUGGCUCAAAGAUCCUGUAUGUCUUUUAAACAGAGUAACAGACGACAGAAACAGGAAGGUCAGAAGCCUGUUAGUUUUACUGAAACCACUGGGUCCAACCUUUACCCUUUACGUCCAUGAUGUGACCUGCUUCUUAGGAAGUUUAGGCCCAUGUGAGAACCAGGUCAUAGGUCUUUGUUCUCGGUCUCACGGGACGAAUCGAGUGCCAAACCCUGCAGACCAGAGCCCCUUUCACCGCCGGCACGCUGCCACCAACCGACAGAAGCCAAACUAGUUCUUUCUGAGUUUCUUCUAUUUUUAGUUUCUUUAACAAACUGGCCCCCCUUGUGUCAAAAGCAUCAACAGGAUUAACAAAGUAACAGCAUCAUGUGGGAGACCUUGAACUAUAUUAACCCACAUGUUAACGAGUGCUGAGGAACACAGGUGUGAUUCUACGCUGCCUCCUUUAGUCGGCUCAAUUCAAUGUGAGUAGCAGAAUGAAACCAAAGGCUCCACUGGUCCCAAUCUGGCCUGGUUCUGAUCUCACCUCUAGCCACAAAAGUUUGAUUAGAAAGUUUUCAGCACCAAGACUGAACCAGAGCUUCAUCCUGGCUUCCACAUCUCACACAACAAUCCCAUUUACUUUACUGAUGCAUAAAUCUGAAUGGAAUGUGUGCAGAUGCAGUAGUUCUGGCUUGUUCUAGCGCCGACGCCUGGUGAUACGCUAGCUUAGAUGAAUCGAAGCAGGCUCUGAUGAUUAACACUAAUCUUGGUAUUGACUUGUGAAACCCUGUGCCAGUAACUAACUAGUGACAUUAGAUGUGACGUAUUGGAAGGUUACAGCCGUGACGAAGUGCCAGCAACUUUACUCCAGCAACAACAGUAACUGAAGCAGGGCCAUGAUAAAUGUUUUACUCUUAUUUCAAAAGCAACAUUGUGUUAUUACUGUUUGUAUGUGUUGAGAGGGUGGAAACGAUUCAGCAGCUAAUCAGAACAAAUAUAGAGCAGGAGGACUGAAGAAUGCCACACCUCCAGAAUUCAUGUUUCAUUUAAUGUCUUACUGCCAAACACAGAAACAAGUCAUGAGAGUCUCUAAGCUGAAACUGACAGACUGAGCAGCGUGUUCAUGUCUCCAUAGAAACACUGAGCUGCUUUUACGGUAAUGUCAUCUGAUGGAAACUUGAUGUCACUUUUUGUUUACAUCCAACUGAAGUUUUUUGUUUCAGCUUCUUGUGAUAUGACAAACUUACUACAAAGAUGAUUAACUGGUGCUUCCCCCCAAAAUUAAGAUGAUCUAAUAUAAUAUCCAGUUGUUGGGGAAGCUGAUCCCAGGUCUGACUGAAGCUGUGGACCUUCAGGGGUCCUCGGUCUUGUUUAGGCUGGAAACCAAGCGCCCCUCAGGCCUUAACACACAAGUUACCUAACGUAAAGUUAACUAAGACCCAAGCGAACCAGGUUGAAUAUCUUAGAAUAACAUGAUCAUCAAACAAACAGUCUAUGGCUCAGUCAUUUUUUUUAGGAACAGAGCUCACCUGGUUUCAGUCGUUUCCAGCCCAAAGCUACUGAUGUCAGUCGUCUACUUCCAUUCAUAAAUGUAGAUUAGACAAUCACCAUUUCUAUGUUGUAUGUUCACUGUGAUCAUUCACCAAUGACUAAACUCGUCAUGACAAACA